AUGGCUACCUGGAAUGUUGGCUCAUUAACCGGCAGAAGCGCCGAGCUGAGUGACACCUUAAAAAGGCGUUGUAUUGAUGCAUGCUGUGUGCAAGAGACCAAGUGGCGGGGAUCUAAAUCUAGACAUAUCGGGAACGGCUUUAAACUACUAUACUAUGGCGUUGAAGCUAAGAAUGGCGUAGGCAUAAUACUUUCAGAAGCUCUCUCAAAGAGACUUGUUAAUAUCGAACGAGUAAACGACCGACUUAUGGUGGCAAAAAUUGCACUUGAUAAUCAGCCCUAUCUUAAUAUAAUUUCGGCGUAUGCACCCCAAUCAGGUUGCAACGAUACAGAAAAAGAGGUCUUCUGGGACAGCCUAAACAAAGUCAUAUCUGAAAUACCACAAGAAGAACCGAUACAUAUCGGAGCAGAUCUCAAUGGUCAUGUGGGCGAAAGUAAUCAAGAUUCUGAAAGGUGGCAUGGAGGGUUUGGUUACGGUACCCGGAAUUCUGAGGGCAACACCAUAAUCGAAUUUGUAUCCAGCUACGAUCUCGCUAUAGUGAACACCUUCUUUAAGAAGCGGGAGUCCCACUUGAUAACAUACCGGAGCGGUGGUAACGCCACUCAAAUCGAUUACACACUGACGAGGAGAAAACAUCUGGGUCUGUAUAAGGAUUGUAAGGUCAUACCAGGAGAACCCCUGACCACGCAACAUAGACUACUUGUCUCAGUAUAUAAACUCCCCAAACCCUUGAAACCUAGCAGAAAAUUAACCCCAAGAAUUAAAUGGAAUAAGCUCGGGGAGUCGGCAGGAGAGCAACUCGUUCAAGAACUGUCUGAGAUUAUGAAUAUUGCAAAUAUAAACUGUAACACUACAACAACAAACGAGAUGUGGAACUAUUUUGAAACAUCGUGCGUAAACAUAGCCCAAAAGCACCUAGGAAGGACAAAGACCAAGAGAGGCCCAUUUAAGGAAACUAAAUGGUGGCAAGAUACAGUGAAAAAGGCAGUUGAAGUAAAGAAGGAUGCUUUUAGAACCUGGCAGACUACUCAAGAGCCAUCACAUCUCGAACAAUAUAAAGCAAUAAAGAAUGAAACUAAGAGAAUAGUUGCAAUAGAGAAGGCAAAAGCCGAAAGUGAAUUUUAUGAACAAUUAGAAUCAGCACAGUCGGAAAUAGAUAUACACAAAAUUGCAAAAACUAGAAACAACAACACUAAAGACUUCACGUCUGUUAAAUAUAUUAAAGACGUAAAUAACAAACUACUUACUGAAGAUGUAGAAAUUCGAGGACGAUGGGUGGAGUACUAUGAACAUUUGCUCAAUGUCUCUCAUCCACGAAAGCUAGAUGGUGACCAACCUAGACCUGUACAUGGACCACUACCACCGAUCACAAUGUGUGAAGUCAAAAGAGCCAUACGCCAAAUGAAGAACAAUAAGGCAACCGGCCCAGAUGAAAUACCCGUGGAAGUGUGGAAGAAACUUGGAAGCACUGGAGAGGUUUGGCUGUAUGAAUUCUUUAAUGGAUUAAUGGAAGGUCAACCCAUCCCGGACUCUUGGCGAAAUAGUUUCCUUAUACCAUUCUACAAAGGAAAGGGAGACGUGCGAGACUGUAACAACUACCGAGCAAUUAAACUUAUGUCGCAUAGCCUAAAGAUCUGGGAGCGAAUACUAAACAACAGAAUAAAUGCCAUCAUAAAUGUUACUCCAAACCAAUGUGGCUUCGUUGCGGGUAAAGGAACCUCUGACGCUACUCAAACAGUUCGAAUACUGCUGGAAAAGGCAAAGACCAACAACAAAAACCUACACAUGAUAUUUAUAGACUUAGAGAAGGCUUUCGACCAUGUACCCCGUGAUCUGAUCUGGGAAGGGCUUAGAAAACAAUUGGUGCCUGAAAAGUACAUAUCAUUGAUACAGGACAUGUAUGACAAUGUUACCACCCAGGUUGUCAGCCCAGCAGGAACAAGUGAGAGAUUCAAACUAAAAGUCGGAGUCCAUCAAGGUUCUGCACUUAGUCCGCUACUGUUUAACAUCACAAUUGACUAUUUGACAAGAGAGUGCCAACAGCCGAUCCCCUGGAAUAUCCUUUAUGCGGAUGAUGUGGUCCUUAUGUCUGAAAAUGUGGAAGACCUGCAGAACAACUUCAAUCUGUGGAUAAAAGCACUGGAAGAGAAUGGGCUCAGAAUUAGUCGAAAGAAAACAGAACACAUGUCGUGCCUGUUUGAUGGAGUGACUAACCCGACUACUAUAAAUGUACACAUAAACGAUACUCCUAUUCCCACAGUUAAUCAGUUCAAAUACUUGGGAUCCAUUAUCAGCCGGGAUGGUAAGGUCGACCCUGUUGUAACUCACAGAACUACAACUGGAUGGAUGAAAUGGAGACAACUCACAGGCGUAAUGUGCGACAGAAAAAUGCCGAUUAAAGUGAAAGGCAAAUUGUAUAAAACAGCAAUAAGACCUGCUAUACUUCACGGUGCAGAAUGUUGGGCCACCAAUAAACAACAUCUAAACAAACUGCACACAACCGAAAUGCGCAUGUUACGCUGGUCAGCGGGAGUCACCUUACUCGACAAAAUUCGAAAUGAGUACAUCCGAGGUAGUUACAAGAUUGCCCCAAUAGUCGAUAAACUUCAAGAAAAACGAAUGCGCUGGUACGGCCACGUCAUGAGACGCCCAGAAGACCAUAUAGUCAGAACAGCCCUAAAUAUCCCGACGUCAAAAAGAGGGCGUGGAAGACCCCCCGCCACAUGGUUAACGACGGUCCAAAAGGACCUGAAACAAUUAGACCUGGACGCCAAACUGGCCCAAAACCGACCAACCUAUAGAAAUAGGAUAAGGAGAGCCGACCCUGUAUAA